CCAACCAAAAUAUCCGACGCAGCUCCUGCUCCACCAUCCCUUCCUUCUCGUACUUUCCAGAACGUUCCACCCGACACCCGUUCCCUAUAAGUACCAGGAGUCCAGGACACCGCCCAGCAUGUCUCCCGCCAGAGCACCGACCCGCGCACCCGCCGCCUGCCCGACGCAGCGAACUCCGCCGGAUGGAGCACCCCGCGGCCGUGACGGUCAAGCAGGAGGAGCGGGAGGACGACGAAGUGGUGGUGGUGCUGGACGCCGACGGCGACGCCGGCGGGCGAGCAGCCGCGGCGCCGGCGCCGGAGCCCUGGAGGACGCCGCCGCCGGCGUCUCAGGUUCCGCCGUUCCUGGCGAAGACAUUCGAGCUGGUGGAGGACCCGGCGACGGACGGCGUGGUGUCGUGGGGCGCGGCGCGGAACAGCUUCGUGGUGUGGGACCCGCACGCCUUGGCGGCGGGGCUCCUCCCGCGCCGCUUCAAGCACGCCAACUUCUCCACCUUCCUCCGCCAGCUCAACACCUACGGAUUCCGCAAGGUGAGCCCGGACAGGUGGGAGUUUGCGCACGCCGACUUCCUCGCCGGCCAGCGCCACCUCCUCGCCAACAUCCGCCGUCGGCACGGCGCCGCGGGAGGAGGGUCCGCGGCGUCAUCGGGCGCGAAUAAGACCGGCGCGAGCGGGAGCGGCGGCGGCUGCGAGAGGCUGCGGCGGGACCAGGAGGCGCUGGCGCGGCUGCGGCGCGGGCAGCAGGAAGCGCGCGCGCAGCUGCUGGACAUGGAGCGCCGCCUGCGGGGCACGGAAAGCCGGCAGGAGCAGUGCACGGCCUUCCUGGCGCGCGCCGUGGGGAGCCCGGGUUUCCUGGACGGCCUGCUGGCGCGCCGCAGCCACGCCGCGCCGCCCGUGGGGGCUGGCAGGAAGCGGCGGCUGUUCGACGCCGCUGCCGCGGCCGCGCCGGACGUCCUCGCCUUCGAGGAGCUAGCGCUUGCGGCGGGCGCCGAGGUCGAGGCGGCGCCCGUCCCGACCACGGCGGCGGCGAGCCAGGGCUCCAACAGCGCCGCUACCGCCACGGACAUGAUAUGGUACGAGCUGCUCGGGGAGGAGCAGGUGGAGAUCGAUGCCGCGGUGGAGGAGCUCGUCGCGGCUGCGGCCGCCGCGGAGGCGGCCGAGCCGUGGGGGGAGAUGGGCGACGAGGAGGUGGAGGAGCUGGUGCAGCAGAUUGGCUACCUGGGUUCGCCGAGCCCUUGGUCACCAUGAUCGCAGACCGUUCAGCAAUCAGCACUCAGCAGCUACUCUAUCUUAGCGGCACUGGAACUGUUGGUAGUUGGUACUGUCCUCCAGCAGCGAGCAGUGUGCCUGUGGAUUGGACCAUAAUGGUCGUGUCUUGUGUAUUAGUAUCGUCGGCCUUCCUAUUUGAUCGUUUAGUAAUUGGUUACUGAUUAAGUCUGUAAACGGUCUGCUAAUUCGGAUUCUACUUCUGUUUUGUAGGAUCCGAUCCGAUGUUGGAUGCAGCACCCUGCUCCCGGUGGUUGAUGUACUUAGAGCAUCUCCAGUGGGCCUCUCAAAAUCAGCCCUCUAUUUCUCCAAAUAGGAGCCCAUCUGUAAAAAUUGAGGGUCUAAAUCAGAGCUCAACUCCA